AUGAACGCCAACGCUUCAUCCAAAAAGAUCUCUGCUGCUAAUCAGCAAACGUUAAUAAACCUUCGUAAGGGUUUCAUAGGUGUCAAUGCCAUCUACUUUUUAUGGCGUAUUGUCUAUCAUUGGGAUUCAUUCACCUUCUCUCAAUUUUUCCUUUACCUCACCACAGGUGGUUUAACCGCCUUAUUUUACAGAGUCUUAAAAUCUUCUGGCACACCUACUUUUGCUGCCAAUGGUAGUUUGAUCAGCAGUGGAGAAGACCUCAACUCUGAAGGACUUACAGCUUACAUGUUUGAUAUCAUUUAUGUUACUUGGUUUGUCCACAUUACUACCGCAUUUAUUUCAAACAAAUUCUGGUUGGCUUAUCUCUCAAUUCCUGCUUAUGCUGCAUAUAAACUAGUUCCAAUGGCCAUGUCUUAUUUUGGUAAAGCCAAGGAAGGAGCUCAAGAAGAUAAAGUUGAAGGACAAUCAAAACGUCAAGCAAAGCUUGAAAAGAGAGCAAAUAAGGGACAAGUUAAAUACGGAAGAUAAAAAAAGUUUAUGAUUGUUGCAUGGUCAAUUGAGUUUUCUACAAAAAAAUUAAUAAUAAAAAAAGUAAGCUUUCGUUUUCGUUCUUUCGGAUUAUAAUAGCGUACCAAUUGUCUGAUUUGAUCUCUGG